GUGGGCGGGCGGCGGCGUCUGCGCGCGGAGGAGGUGGAGGAGGCGCCGGGCGGCCGCUUCCCGCCCCCGAGCCUGAGCCUGCCCAGCGGGCUAGAGCGGAGGUCGGACCCGGAGCGGAGCCGGCUGAGCGGGCGCCGAGUCCCCGCCAUGGCCCGGAACACGCUGUCCUCGCGCUUCCGGCGGGUGGACAUCGAUGAGUUUGACGAGAACAAAUUCGUGGACGAGCAGGAGGAGGCGGCGGCGGCGGCAGGCGAGCCAGGCCCAGACCCUAGCGAGGUGGAUGGCCUUCUGCGGCACAUCCUUAACUGGUGGGGAUGCACAGGGGACAUGCUUCGGGCAUUCCACGCAGCCUUGCGGAACUCUCCCAUCAACACCAAGAAUCAGGCCGUGAAGGAACGAGCCCAGGGCGUGGUGCUGAAAGUGCUCACAAACUUUAAGAGCAGUGAAAUCGAGCAGGCUGUGCAGUCGCUGGACAGAAAUGGCAUUGACUUGCUAAUGAAGUACAUUUAUAAAGGGUUUGAGAAGCCCACAGAAAACAGCAGUGCAGUGUUACUCCAGUGGCAUGAAAAGGCAUUAGCAGUAGGAGGACUAGGCUCCAUUAUAAGAGUUCUUACAGCAAGAAAGACUGUUUAAAAAAAUAAAAGGACUCAUGUUACCUUGAGAAGAAUUUUGGAUGCACAGGCUGAUGAAGAAGGGAUUGACAAUGGACCAUCUUCUUGGGAUCUCCCAGCUAAACUAUUUUAGGACAUGCAUCCGCUGAAGUGUAUUUUAUUUUCAAGGUGGAGGGAGAACUUGUCUGUUUCCUAAAUCCUUUGCAGGAUCUGAUAGUCUAUGCCUUUGUCCACGAGUAACACAGAACUGACCUCGUAACUGUCUCCCCGAGUGGCUGGUCAGCGUUGGUGGGUGUAGCUGUGUGCUCUGCCUAUUCCACGUCGGGGAGGGACGAUCUGGGCAGGUGCAGAUCCAAGGGCUGUGGUCAAAGGGAGAGCUUGUUUUUUUGAAGUAGUAAAACCUGGAGGGUUUGUACAGACAUCCCGUCUUCCGACAGAAGAUGGGCUCUCUUGGAUUCAUUGUAAAGUGCCUGCUGCAUCAAUAAAGCUCUUGGCUUAUUAGUA